GACGUGUGGCGAACUUCUGCCCAGACUGCCCUCCCCGCACCACCACCACCAUCAACCGCAGAAGUUCUUCUCUCUCAGGCUGAGCAAACAACCCCUGCUCCCUUCACUGCCAGGAUCAAAGCGUUUACAGCCGGAGCUCCCCGACUCCGGGGGCAUUUCUCGCAUUCCGAGGGAGCUUAGAUAGAUACACAAGAAGUUUACGGCUCUCUCUUGGCUUAUCGUUUUUAAGGCUUGCAUUGCGGGAAAGUGAAACUUAAGUUAGCGGGCUCUGCUGAGGGAGAUGGAAAAGGUGACGUGGUCAUCUGGCGUCUAGAUUAGCCUGAUUUGGGGGCAACUGCUCGCUGUCAAAGUGCUUUGAAAUCCAGCGUCUCACUUCAUUUCAUCGACGGUGUUGUUGUUGUUAGUCAUUUCCCCAGCUGGUUCAUUCAAAGCCCCACUUUAAAGACAAGGGAUUGAGGCCGAGUGUGUGUGACCACCCAGCAAGUCCAGGCACUAAGAUGGGUCUUUACUAAGGUCCAUAUCUGGCCACUGGCGAUCACACACAUGGAUGCUGAACUUGAAAUGAUGAGGAUAAUAAAAUAUAGGAGAGGCAGGGAACUUUGGAAAGAAGAGGUGGUAAAUUGCUCAGCGGUGGUAUAUGUGUGUGUAAUAUCUGAGUAAAAUCCAACGUAAGUCCUCCUCGGAGUGGACCCAUUGAAAUGAAUGGGAUUUAAGUUAGACUUUAAUGCAUUCUAUUAACCAUUUUGUGGUUAAGCAGCGUGGUUUAGCGUGUUGUCUGAACCAGACCAUUGAGUUUAUUUUUUCGCCUCAGAGUGUGUGUGAUAAACUGGUUGCUGGGGAAUUUUGUUUUCCCCGCCUUCUGGCCUUAGGGAAUUAGGAGCAUAUUAACCCUAGGAUAAUUUUGGUGUUGUUAACUAAAACGAGGUGAUUAGCGCGCCAGAUUUGCAAAAUAGUAGCUUUCAUCCUUUGUUACACAGUAUCUGAAUGACUGAGCGGUAGUCUUUUCAUUGGAUUUGUUUAUUUAUUUAUUUUUCUCUUUUGGGUAGACUAAAGGUUGCCAAGUCCAGAUCCUGAUUGCUAGGAAGGGUUGAACAAAACGGGAGAGAUUCUAACAGAUACAGCGGCACUCCAGAUGGGGGAAGUCCUUGAGAGACUCAAGGUCUCGCUCAGACAACCCUAGAGAUGGUACACACUCCGUGGGGCGAUGCCUAUUUGCAUUUUACGUUUGCAAAAACAACAAAAAUGGUGUUUGGAGAAGCCGCACCGCUUGAAUGGCUUGUUAAAUAACCAAAAAGGGUCUGCUGUUAGUGGGCAAGGUGUGCAGAGUUCAUCAGCGUGUUCGCCUGAGAAGUCAGGAGCAAAUGCCCGCUGCAGGAAUCAAUCGAAGCUGAACACCGGCUCCUGCUUUUAAGCCGUCGGUGGUUGCAAUUCAGCCCCCUUCUGGAAAAGAUCGAGGGCUUUAUCGUCAGGAUCAAGAGCCCUCCAACAGAAAAUGGGCUUAAUCAGUGACAAAAUGGUACUUGGGAUCGGUGCGUUUUGAGCACAGAUCGCCCCUUUCCUGCAAAGUGCGAUCCCAGCUUGCCGGUGGCGGCUCACACGUGGGUAAACAAGCUUCGAGUGGGGGGAGGGCAGAGUUAUCGCGCGCCUCUCCUCGAUUGGCUGCUGUGGCGCGCCGCUGCCCUUCUGAUUCGUUGAAGACUCUACCACCCCCGCCUCCAUGGAGUUUAUUUCUGCCCCACCCUCUGAGCCUCGCCGACUGUUUCAUCCCCGGGCGGUUUAGCCCCGCCCUGCCGGCGGGCGAGCGAACUCCUGUGUUCCUUCGGAUUGGCUGAGCUUUUCCCCGCUUCUUGGGGCUCACCUUCCCAUUGGCCAGGAGCGGCGUGGGGUCGGAAUCUUGGUCGAAGCGUAGGAAUUCCAAGGCGCACGCGGUCGCCACAAUAUUGCCCAGGGGAGGGCGGGGCACCAGAGGUGGAGGAGGAUUUUAAACCGGUUGCUCGGCGUGGCCGCUGGCUGUCCACCUGGCCAUGCUGUUGGCUUCGGGUCCCGUUCGCCGCCCAACUCCCGAAGAGCCAGUGGCCCCUGAUGUUGCCGGAGAGGAGCCUCGCUAUUUGGGAAAGACCACCUUGGAGGCGCGCUACCGCCUGGGAGCAUUGAUCGGCAGCGGCGGCUUCGGCACGGUCUACGCUGGGACGCGGCUCAGCGAUUCCCAACCGGUGGCCAUUAAAUAUGUUGCCAAGGAGCGAGUCUUGCAGUUCCAGCACAUGAAUGGCACGCUCGUUCCAUUGGAAGUCGUUCUACUGAAGAAGGUGUCCUCCCCAGGUUGCCGAGGUGUCGUCCGCCUCCUGGAUUGGUUUGAGCAGCCUGACUCGUACUUCAUCGUUAUGGAGCGCCCCCUCGUGUCUCAGGACCUGUUUGAUGUCAUCACAGACCGGGGCCCGCUCCCUGAAAAUUUGGCUGCCAGUUAUUUCCGGCAGGUGGUGGAGGCAGUGCACCAUUGCCACCUGUGCGGUGUAUUGCACCGGGACAUAAAGGACGAGAACAUCCUGGUAGAUCUCCUGCAGGGUGACCUUAAGCUCAUAGACUUUGGCUCUGGUGCAUUGCUUCGGGAUUCUCCAUACACAGAUUUUGAUGGCACGCGGGUAUACAGCCCCCCUGAAUGGAUAAAAUACCACCGGUACCACGGCCUGCCUGCCACUGUGUGGUCAUUGGGAGUGCUGCUCUACGAUAUGGUGUGUGGGGACAUCCCCUUUGAGCGUGAUGAGGAGAUCCUCCUUGGCAAGCUCCAUUAUCACUGCCGAGUAUCCUCAGACUGCCGUCACUUGAUUGAGUGGUGCCUCUCGCUAGCCCCGGAGAAGCGACCUUCCUUGGAGCAGAUCCUGGCCCAUCCCUGGCUUCUGGCCUUCUUGGAGCCGAGUGGCCGCAAAGUGCAGCAGCCCACAGUCCCUAAAGCCAGCCCCAGCCUGUGACUAUGGUGCCCUCCGGACAGCGUUGGGGGCGCCCUGUCAUGGAGAAGGCAAUUGUGCCUUGGCUUCUCCCACAACCACAGGCUGAUGUAACCACUGUUUCUUAUUCCUGCUGAUUAGCUGAGCGGCUGCCCCUAGCAGAGGUGUUGCCGCUGGGGGCAAUUUGUGAAAUCCCAGGUCUGUGGCAGUGACUGCCCAACCAACUAGACAAUGGGGCUGACACUCAGCCCUUACCCAAGACAAUAGAGACCAAUGGGCACUGUUCUGUUUACACAAAGAUUUUGCCUGCCCCCCAGGCAUCAGUAAGGGGCAGAAGAUUGGCACCAAGCAAGCAUUGUUUAAAGGCACCUGUACACAUCUGGAUCGGUAUUGGAGCACCUCGGGACUUCCUUGAGGUACCAGGGCUAGAUGAACAUUUUAUUGUACCAUGGCUCUGGUGAUAUCUCCGCAGGUGCCAGAUUCUUAUUUAUUUAGCGUGACGUUCCUUUGGGAGCCUUUACUGCUUCCUCCUGUGUUAAUGCUAAAAGCAUCUACCUGCUGCCAUACCUUUGGGUGUAGAAAUGUUUUCUCUGUCCUGCCAGAAAGUGACAUGGAUACCGUAACAUCUCCCUUCCUCACCCCAAAUUUCCAUUCCUGUCCAGCCAUUCCAAGUCUGAACCCAGUUUCCAGUCUCUUCACCUGGUUUGCGCUCUCUCUCUCUCUCCCCUUUGUUCUGUGUUGUAGUUUUGGGGAUGUAAAAACAAAGAGAGAGAAACAAAGAGCCCAAGCACAUCAAAAAGUAUGCACACAAGGGGAGCAUCAAUCCAUAAGCGCAAGAUUUUAUUUUAUUGAACUUUUUUU